AUGGGUUCCCUAUCUGCAUCAGCAGACCUCGCGCUCCUCGUGAUUCCAGGUGCAGCCUCGCCGGCGAGCUUCUAUGAAGACUUCGUAACAGAAGUCCGCAAAGUCACGGGCCUUCAAGUCGACGUUUACAGCAAUCCUUCCGGAGCUGUCUCGGAUCCGCCAGCUGGACUGACAGAAGACGGACGCUUCUGGGCAUCGAAGAUCGAAGAACUCAGCUCCCAAGGCAAAGAAGUGAUUCUUGUACCACACUCAUACGGUGGACUCGUUGCCAACGAGGCUGCAAAGGGCCUCGAAGUGGCCGUACGGCAGCAGCAGAGUCUCACUGGCGGCGUGAAGAGGAUCAUAUACGUGACAUGCGUGGUCGGUGGCGUAGGAGAGACCAGCAGCGAGGUCUGCUCGCCGUUGGAUUUUGACUGGUUGCUCCCGAUGGAUGGCAACGACCAAUUCGUCAUCAACACGGAUAGAGGCGCGCACCGUGUGUAUAACGACAUGCCACUUGCGAAAGCGCAGAGCUUCAUACCGAAGAUGAGUCCGCAGUCGGUGAAGAGCUUUAACGACAAGAUCGUCUCCGAUUCGUACACACACAUACCGAUGACUUAUGUCCUCUGCACGAGAGACAACUGUCUCACGCCUGAGUGGCAGGAGGGAAGGAUCGCGUGGCUUCAAAGCCAGAGACAACAGCCCGUGGAGACAGUGCGGCUCGAUGCCGACCAUUUCCCGCAGCUAGGUGCUACACAAGCGACGGCGAAGGUUGUGGCGGAUGUUGUUGCCGGUCUGUAG